UUCUUCCUCCUUUCUUCCUGUACUUGUUCUUGAUGAGCUCUGUAUUGGAUCCUCAGCUGAGUAAUAACUCUUGACUAGAUUGAUACAAUGAAGGGCGUUGUUGCUGGCCUUGUCAUGGUGCUCAGUGCUCUUGCCGGGUUCCGGCCUGGCAAGACGGCGAGAGCUGUGCCGGCGAUCUACGUGCUCGGGGAUUCGUCACUGGACGUGGGCAACAACAACUACCUGCCGGGGAACAGUGUCCCAAGGGCCAACAAGCCCUUCCAUGGCGUCGACUUCCCUGGACCCGGAGGGCCAAGGCCCACCGGAAGGUUCAGCAAUGGCUACAAUGUGGCCGACUUCAUUGCCAAGAAUCUGGGGUUCGAGAGGAGCCCUCCUGCUUAUCUGUCGCUGAAAGCUCAUCGUCGUCUGAUCGGCACUGCUCUGCUCAGAGGUGUAAGCUAUGCUUCUGCAGGAGCUGGGAUUCUCGAUUCGACGGGCGCCGGAAACAACAUCCCGUUGUCGAAGCAGGUCCAAUACUUCCAUUCGACAAGAGCGGCGAUGGAGGCCAAGCUGGGCUCCGCCGUGGUCAGCGACCUGCUCGCAGAGUCCUUCUUCCUCAUGGGCAUCGGCAGCAACGACCUGAUACAGUUCGCCAUGGCGCAGCAGGCCAAGAACAAGUCGACCACACAGAGCGACGUCGCCGCGCUCUACGGCAGCCUCAUGUCCAACUACUCCGCCACCAUCACGGAUCUGUACAUGAUGGGCGCGAGGAAGAUCGGCAUCAUCAACGUUGGCCUGUCCGGGUGUAUCCCAAUGGUCCGCGCGCACGACGCGACCGGCGCAUGCAACGACGGCACAAACGAGCUAGCGGCCGGGUUCAAUGGCGCCCUCGAGUCCUUCCUCGCCGACCUAGCGCCCAGGCUGCCGGGCCUCGCCUGCUCCCUCGCCGACGGCUUUGCCCACAGGCAAGCCCUCAUGGCUGACCCGCAGGCUCAAGGCUUCGUGAACGCGACUAGCGCGUGCUGCGGGAGCGGGAGGCUCGGCGGGGAGGCCGGUUGCCUGCCCACCUCGAACAUCUGCGGCGACCGUGAUGGCUACGUCUACUGGGACUGGGUGCACGCCACACAGCGGGCCGCUAAGAUUGCGGCCGAUGCAUUCUUCCAUGGCCCGGCGCAGUUUACCAUGCCUCUUACUUUCAAGCAGCUGGCAGAGAAGAAAGGGGCGGACCUAAUGGAAUAAUAAACACCCGGUGUCCUCGUAAAAUUUGUCAUUAUCAUGUGAUUGUGUAUGCCUUGAAUCAUACCCAAAAGCCAGAAAGUAGUAGGUAAGUAAUUAUUACUUUUGUGCUUAAAUGGGUUUGUAAUACAGUAUUUAGGGCAGUAAUGCUACACCUACGAAAUUUGUGUUA